AAGAGGGCUCUGUGCCGGGCCCCAAUGAGGACGUUGCUGAUCAUCCUGGCGGCCGGAUCCCUGGUCGCUCACAUCGCUGAGGACACCUCAGAUCUUCUUCAGCACCUGAAAUUCCAGUCCAGCAACUUCGAAAACAUCCUGACGUGGGACAGCAGGCCGGAGAGUGCCCCAGACACCGUCUACAGUGUGCAGUAUAAGACUUACGGAGAGACAGAGUGGCAGGUGAAGGAGGGCUGCCAGCGGAUCACCCGGAAAUCCUGCAACCUUACCGUGGAGACAGGCAAACUGACGGAUCUCUAUUACGCCCGGGUCACCGCCAUCGACGCGGGAGGCCGGUCCGCCACCAAGAUGACCGACCGGUUCAGCUCACUGCAGCACACUAUCAUCAAACCACCUGAUGUGACCUGUAUCCCCAAGGUGAGAUCCAUCCAGAUGAUUGUCCAUCCCACCUACACGCCCAUCCACACAGGGAAUGGCCACCGGCUAACCCUGGAGGACAUCUUCCAGGACCUGUUCUAUCACUUAAAGCUGCAUAUCAACCACACCUACCAAAUGCACCUUGGAGGGAAGCAGAGAGAAUUUGAGUUCUUUGGCCUGACCCCUGACACGGAGUUCCUUGGGACCAUCGUGAGUAUUGUUCCAACCUGGUCCAAGAAGAGCACCCCCUACAUGUGGCGAGCGAAGACGCUGCCAGAUCAGACGUGGACCUACUCCUUUUCCGGCGCCUUCCUGUUCUCCGUGGGCUUCCUGUUCGCAGGGCUCUGCUACCUGAGCUACAGAUACAUCACCAAGCCGCAUCUGCCUCCCAACUCCCUGAAUGUCCAGCACGUACUGACCUUCCAGCCUCUGCAGCUCAUCCAGGAGCACAUCUUAAGCCCCAUCUUUGACCUCAGUGGCCCGAGCGGCCUGGCCCAGCCUGUCCAGUACUCCCAAGUCAAGGUCUCCGGGCCCAUCGAGCCUCCAGGAGCCCCACCGCGACACAACCUGUCUGAGAUCGCCUACCUUGGGCAGCCGGACCUCUCCAUCCUCCAGCCUUCUGGCGGGCCACCUCUCCAGACACUCCCCCCGCUGUCCUAUGCCCCGCAGGCUGCCCCUGAGGGCGGGCCCCCGUCCUAUGCACCUCAGGUAACCCCCAAAGCUAAACCCCCCUCCUACACUCCCCAGGCCAUCUCGGAGGUCCAGACCCCUUCCUACACCCCUCAGGCCACUCCGGACAGUUGGCCUCCUUCCUACGGGAUAUGCGGGGAAGGCUCUGGCAGAGACCCCCCACCUAUGACACUCUCUGGUCCCAAACGCCUCGGAACUAAAGGUCAGCUCCAAAAAGAGGCACCAGCUGGAAGCUGCAGCCCAGGUGGCCUUUCUCUGCAGCAGGUGACCUCCUUGGCUAUGGAGGACCCCCAAGAAGUAAAAUCCUUCCACCAGCAUCUGGGGGUUCACACGGACAGAGAACCUGACUCUGAUGUCAUACGCAGAGGGGAACCAAGGACACGAAGCUACGUAAAGGGCCAGCUGCCCCUCCUCUCCUCUGUCCAGAUCGAGGGUCACCCCAUGUCCCUCCCUUUGCAGACUCCUUCCCACCCAUGUUCCCCCACAGACAAGGGUCCAAGUCCCUGGGGCUUGCUGGAGUCCCUCGUGUGUCCCAGUGACGAGGGUCCAGCAUCCGAGACUGAGGCCAAGAGCCCAGGCCCUCGGGCCCCAGACCUGGAGUCGCCCACGGAGCUAGACUCUCUGUUCAGAGGCCUGGCCCUGACGGUGCAGUGGGAGUCCUGA